UUCUCCUACACAGUAAAUUCCACAGUGUUAAAUAUGCAGUGUCAAAGUACACUGACUAUUUCAGAGUUAUUGCAACAACAGCUGGAGUAAGAUACCACCCAGUGUUGGUGAAAAUAUCCGUUGUUAAAAUAGGCGGUGUGAAACGUACUCUGGAAAGCUCCGCCCACCUCCUCAGUCCAACGGAAAUUUCAGCCAGCCAUUUUCUUCAUUCUUCAUGUCAAGCGACUCCGGGAACAUGCUGCUUAAAACAAAACUUGGUGAUGUCCAAAAGUUUGUUAGAAUAACAGAGCCAAAUCUUAAAGAAUUUUUGGUUGCAGCAUUUGCAAAGUUUGGUGUCCCAGCUGUAACAGAAGGUGUGAAAGUUGUCGACAGUUCAGGGACUGAGUUGGAUGAAGAUGUUUUUGAGGAUGUGGUAAUGAAUCCCUCAACUGGGGUGUUGACCAUCAAAUAUGACUCAGAAUCUGUCUCAAAAGUAGCCUCUCCUGAGGCGUCCCAACCAUCAUCCCUCAAUUCUUGGGACUCUGGGGAUACAGACAUCAUUCCUGAUAGUCCCUCCAGAAAACGCCAGAGGCUGGAUGCGGAAGCUAAGCAUUUGGUGGAAUCAGUUCUUACCAACAAACCUGGUGGGGAACGUAUAAUUAAUGAAUACAGCCGAACCAAGUCCUUGACAGAUGAAACCAGACGGAAAAUGGUUAACAUGCUGGCAGCUGACAUGACUGAAAAGAAUGGUACAUCCCCACCCAGGCAGGUGAAAGAAAUGUACGCCAGAGGAAUAGUGUCCUUAUUCCCCUACCUCAGUGACCCAUUCUCUAAGAAUGGCUAUGAGCACUAUUAUGAUGGGGAGAGUGGAACUGGGUACUUGGCCUGGAGGAUUAAAACUAUUCAGAGAAGCACUGCUAAAGAUAGGCGAUCCUCGUUUGGAGAAUCAGCCAAAGGAUCCUCUGAAGAUGUGUCUGGAGGACCAACUGUCAGACGAGAGUCCGAGUUUGUUCCAGAGACUGCCCUAACUGAAGAUGAGUGCAACGAAGCAAUCUCACUGAUGAAACAUUCAGCGGAUGAGGACAUCGUCAAGAAGAAAAUGAAACUGACGUUUGAGCAUCGCCGCAACAUGGUCCUUGACCCACAGCAGUCAAGCAACAUACUGUCCGAAUUUCCACGUUUUAAAGACAUCAAAGGCUUGGUUGAACAGGAUUUCAUUCAGAUGUUUGGAGAGGGUAUCUCAAGCAAGCUUCUGGAGAGGUGGCCGGUCAUGUUCAAGAAAAAAGUCAUCCAACAGUGCAGAAAGCUUCCAUCCACAAGUGAGCUUGAAGAACUCUUGUUGGCAGCUGAUCCACCCGAGAAUGGCACUGAAGUUGACUUUGGUUGGGACAGUGACCUUUCGUCAGUGUUAUUGCUGCUACACCUGAUUCCACCUUCUGCUCAGGGUCGGAAGAGACCAGGAAAGGUUUCCGCAUCCCAGGCAGAGAAGCAUCUGGUGGUCUUCAAGAAGACUGGAACAAACAUUCAAGAGCAUCUCGAUGCCAUCACCAGUCAAGCUCAACCCUAUCUCCUGGCUGUUGGAGUUAAGAAGAACACGAUCCAUCAGUUCUUCAUCAUUCUUGACAAGAAUGCCAUACCUUGCAGGUCAACAUCAUCUCUUGGUGCCUUUGAUGAACUGUUUAAGGCUCAUUUUGUUUUUGGCACAUCUUAUAACAGCAUGCUCCACAACAUGUACACUUUCAUCCAAACCACAGUGUACAACAUAGAUGUCGGCAAGGUCAAGGAAAGUCCUCGUGUCUCUGAAGUUAGGGCGAGGUUGCUUCGUUAGUGUUUGAAGUUUCUCUUCUCUAAUGAAGUGUUUUGUUUGUCAGGCUGAGUUAAAAAGUUCAAAUAUGCUUGUUAGGCAUUUAAGAUUAGUUCAUGGCUACUUACCUGGAAAAAAUCUCAGGCUUAAAUGUGCUCAGACUGGAUGUGGAUGUGUGUUUGGUACAUUUUCUGGUUUUAGGAAGCAUUUAAAUACCAAACACACUGAGUAUAUUGACCAAGAUGGAGACACUGUUGUUAAUUUGAGCAGCGUAGGAGAGGAGGUGAUAGCUAAUGUAGAUGAGACUGCCCCAACAUCUGAACUUUUGAGAUAUUCCAAUAGGAGCACUCUAGAUAUCUGUGCCUCUGCUGUUGCACAACUCAAAGCAGCUGGAUUAAGUCAAUCUUCUGUAAAUAGUUUUGUUUCCUCCAUGGAAGAAGUGUGUUUUGAGAUUCAUGGUCAAGCUAAAGAUGCAGCUCUACAGUGCUUAUCUCCACAGGACAUUGAAAUUAAAAACAAAAUAGAGCAAUCUUUCCAAAAGUUGGAAAACCCAUUCACAUCCUUAAAUUCUGAAACUAAAAGAAAUAAACACUUCAAAGAAAAGUGGGGAAUGGUAGAACCUGUUGAAAAGGUUCUUGGCACAAGAUUUGACAGCAGAAGAAACAAAACAACUGGGACAUACGAUCAGGUCAUUGUAACUGAUAAAUUUGCAUAUAUUCCAAUUUUAGAAACCUUGAAGACAAUUUUUCAAAACCCACAACUUUCGGAUCUGUUCAAGCCCAGGCAUGUACCCAAGGAAGGUGUAUAUGCAGACUUAAGAGAUGGCAACUAUUUUAAAAAAAAUCCCUUCUUCUCUUUAAAAAAAGAUGCUUUGCAAAUACAACUAUUUUAUGAUGACUUUGAAACAGCAAAUCCUUUGGGAUCCAAAAAAGGUAUUCACAAAUUAGGUGCGAUGUACUUUACAUUAAGGAAUUUUCCUCCAAUCUUUAAUUCUUCAUUGACGAAUAUUCAUUUGUGUGCUCUUUUCCAUGCUCAAGACAUCAAGCGUUAUGGUUUUAAUUUGAUACUUGAGCCACUUGUCAGGGAUCUUAAAGUACUUGAGACUGAGGGAUUUAAGGUGAAUAUGUUUAAAGAAAAAAUUCAUGGUACCAUAGUUCAGGUCACCGGUGAUAAUCUUGGGUUGCAUACUCUAUUUGGCUUUGUGGAGUCAUUUGGGGCUCGAUAUUGUUGUCGUUUCUGUCUCCUUGAAAAAUAUUGUUUUCAAACUGUGUUCUGUGAGGAUGAUCCAAAAGUUGUACUAAGAACUGUUGAGAUGCACAAACAGCACUGUCAAACAAUACAAACAGAUCCUACACUACCUCACAUAUAUGGUGUCAAACGCAUUUGUCCACUAAAUUCACUUGAGUAUUUUAACACAGCCAACAACUUCUCUGUAGAUAUAAUGCAUGAUAUUUUAGAGGGAGUUGCUCAGUUUGAAGUCAAACUUGUCCUUCAUUACAUUCAGGAAAACUUCCUAGAUGCUGAACAACUCGCUGGUAGAAUACAAUCCUUUGACUAUGGUUACAAUCAGCAGCGAAACCGUCCACCUAGAGUCAAGUUGUUUGAUGGAAGUAAUGAUUUGGGGUUAAAUGCCAUACAAUCUUGGUGCUUGCUACGUAAUAUGCCUUUGCUCUUUGGUGAUUUAAUAGACACAGAUGACAAGCACUGGCAUCUUCUACUAUUGCUUCUGCACAUUGUUAACAUUGUAUUUUCACCUGUCCUUUCUGAAGGAAUGACCUUUUAUCUCAAACAUUUAAUCAUUGAUCAUCAUCGGCUCUUCAAGCACUUAUUUCCUACAAUCAAUCUGUUACCAAAGCAUCAUUUCAUGAUACACUACCCUCGUACUAUAAGAAACAUUGGCCCAGUUCUGCACAUGUGGUGCAUGAGGUAUGAAGCUAAACAUAAUUUUUUUAAGAAGCAAUUAAAAAGCUUUAAAAAUGUUACCAAGACAUUGGCUAAAAAGCACCAAAGUUGUAUGGCAAUGGAUCAGGAGUCCUUUAGCAAGCAAAAAUUAAUCUUAGGACCAGGUAAGAUGGUGACACUAAAUGAUUUCAAAGAAGGUUCAGAGAUUGCUUCCAAAUUUGGAGCUGUAUUGUCUACCAGCGUGUUUUCUGCAAAGUGGAUAAAACAUCAUGGUACAGAGUACCGCCGUGACUUCAUUAUCUGCACUGAGGUUGCAUUUGAGAUGCCUGUGUUUUGUAAGAUCAAAACUAUUGUUAUGAAAGAUGACACUGUAUUGCUAUGUGGAAAACUGAUGGAAACUGUGUGUUUUGAUGCUCAUUACCAUGCAUUUAAGGUCAGGGUGCAUCCAGACAGGGUUCUUAAGGUGUUGAACAUAGAUGAGCUGGUUUACUUUAAACCAUUUGAUUUACAACUCAAGUAUGGAACGACAGAUUCCUCUUUGUAUGUUGUUCCUUAUUGCCAUUUCAUGCUGACUUAAGGUCAAUGUUUUAAAUAUUGUAUUCUUUUAAUAUGUUUCUAUGAGACAGUAUUUUAGCCUGACAUACAGUAUUUGAUUGCUGUUAAUAAAGACCUUGAAUUUGA